GUCACGUGACGUAGUGAAGGAGCGGCGGAGUGAAGCGGCGGGAUGGAGGCCGCGCUCUUCAUCUUCUCUCUCAUUGAUUGCUGCGCCCUCAUCUUCCUCUCCGUCUACUUCAUAAUAACAUUGUCAGAUUUAGAAUGUGACUACAUCAAUGCCCGGUCAUGUUGCUCCAAACUAAACAAGUGGGUGCGCCCAGAGCUGAUAUGCCAUACGCUGGUGACGGUUUUGAUGCUUGUAUCGUUGCAUUGGAUCAUCUUUAUCUUGAAUUUACCGGUAGCCACAUGGAAUAUUUAUCGGUUUAUCAUGGUGCCAAGCGGAAACCUUGGAGUAUUUGAUCCAACAGAGAUUCACAACAGGGGGCAACUCAAGUCACACAUGAAGGAAGCCAUGAUCAAACUUGGGUUCCAUCUCCUGUGCUUCUUUAUUUACCUAUACAGCAUGAUUUUGGCCUUAAUAAAUGACUGAAACCCGCAGAAAAUCUGAGAUCGCCAGCCGCUACACAGUCUGGAGCCGAGCGGCCAUGAACAACGUCAAGCAAGACCUUAACUUAGUUACACACAGAGUAUUUUUCUUUUCCUAUUUUCAAAGCGAUAUUUUUGCGGUAUUUUUUAACAAACUAUGUAAACAUUG